AUGGCCUCCUACGUGCUGCUGGCUUUCUUUAGGCGUGGCACCCUUAUUGAGGGCAUUGCACUUCUAAAGUGGUUAAGUAAGCAGAGAAAUCAUCUGGGAGGUUACAGGACAACACAGGACACAGUGGUUGCCCUCCAGGCUGUGUCUUACUACGCUGCAUUCGGUGGCGCCAACGCCAUUGACCUCAGGCUUAAUGUGUCUGCUCCAGCGUCUUCGUUUGUGUCUCUGUUUAGUGUCAACUCCACUAACUAUCGGAUAUUAAAGGACCAUCAGAUACAGUCUCAUACAGGUAUGGCUAUAUUGGACGUGGGCAUGCUCAGUGGUUUCAGCCUGUCUCCUGGAGCCGCUGCCCCAACAGAUCUUAUCAGGAAGGUGGAGAUACUGCCCGAGAAAGUAAACCUGUACCUGGAUUCACUUACCAAUUCAGAGGUUUGCAUCGGACUUCCCGUCGUCAGAGACUAUAAAGUGGCCCGUGUACAGGAUGCUGUGGUGCAGGUUUACGACUACUAUGAACCAGCGAGAAAAGCAGUAAGAACAUACAACUCAGAUUUUCUCCACAACAUGGACUCCUGCUUCUUCUGUGGUGGAAAUUGUGAUCUCUGCAGACCAGGCAUCACCAUCACAGUUUCCUCAGCCCUCUUGUCUCACUCAGUGAACAGCGCCACCUACAGCUUGAGUUGCAUAUUUCUUGGAGUCACUGCUUUUUUUUCUGUAGUCUAAUUUUACCAAAUGUUUUUUAAAAUUAUUGAAGCAAUGAAUAUAC